AUAGCUUUCUUUUGGGAUAUGAAUCCAACUUGCCUCGGCGCCUAUUACUGCAGUAAGGCGCACAUCGUGCAGGACUGGCCUGCUCAUAAAACGUACUGUAAAAGAGUCAGCGAUGCGGGUACCAACAUCUUUGAUGCUAUCCUCUUUGGCGUCAAUGAAACAAAGCCCCGCCUUAUCAAACUUCCUUGGUAUGGAAGGUGGCAUAAUCUGGACAUGGAGCCGUGGUUCAAGGGAAGAGAUUCUUUUAUUCGCACCUAUUAUGUUCAGACUUUCGGCGCCAAUGGACCAGUCCUUCAUCAUACUCUCGCAGUGUGUUUCGACGAUAACUUUAUGAUCAAUGGCUCCCAGAUCAAUCGCUGCAUUCAAAAUGUUACUUUUGGCAAUGCUGGGCAUCCUUGGGCUGGAAACAUUCUGGCCCUUAGGGUAGAGGGAUUUAGGUCAGAUUGGUACAGUGAUACGGUCAUGGAGGAGGACUUGGCGCCAUUGGCCAGGUACUUUGAGGAUUCUUACAGGAAGUAAAUAACGAGUUAUAGCAUAUUGUAAAUCCCCUUUGGACCUUUUCUUUUUCCUUUUUUCCCUACUUCUUUGUGUAUCUCAUACAUGCGGUAGUAGCGAUGACGUGCUAUGGAUCAUUCUACAAUAUACAUCCAAUACCACCAAAACACGACACAUCCAUACUUUCAUUCUUGAUCGUAGUAGUGUUCACGAUUAGGAACGUUGCAUGUAUGACCUUUUCAAUGACCUUGCGAGCUUUUACUUCCCUGAAUUGUUUAUGAGCUGCCGAA